UUUGGGCAGAAUUGUGGAUGAUUCUAUAAGAUUCUGCUGCUGAAAACAUUAACUGGUUUUCCCGCAUUCAUUGCUGCUGUAGUAUAGUUUGUCUUUCUUUAGGGCCGAGGAGAAGGGAGAUUGCAUUGGAAAUCGUAGUUUCAGGUCUAGGUGGAAAUUGGUGGUUUACGGGAGUACUUUGCAGUUGAAAAUGAAACUGACAGGGACUAGAUGGAGCUCCUCGGGUGGCGGACAGUUGGAGCCAUCUCCUCCGGUGAGGAACCCCUUUGUGCACGAAUUGCGUUUCUCCCCUCUACAAAAGACUAAGAUUGCCGUUAUGACUGUCACCCUGUUUCCACUCCGUCUGCUUUUUGCUGCUUUUAUGAUGUUGUUAGCUUGGCCUUUUGCAUUUAUUGCUUCUAUGGGGCAUACGGAAAAGGAGCUUGAACAACCAAUGUCCUGGUGGAGAAAAAUUUUUGAUGUUGUGCUGAAGGUCAUAAUGCGGACAAUGUGGUUUGCUGGAGGGUUCCACUGGAUAACUGUGAAGGGGCAGAGAGCCUUGCCUGCAGAAGCCCCCAUCUUAACAAUUGCACCACAUUCGUCAUAUUUUGAUGCCAUUCCAGUAACCAUGACCAUGGCUUCGAUAGUGAUGAAAACUGAAAGCAAAGACAUUCCUAUAUGGGGAACUUUAAUCAAGUACAUCCGUCCAGUUUUUGUGACUCGUUCAGAUCAGGAUUCUCGGAAGAAAACUGUGGAAGAAAUUAAGAGAAGAGCCUUGUCUAAAGGCAAAUGGCCACAGAUAAUGAUAUUCCCGGAAGGCACAUGCACCAAUAGGUCCUGCUUGAUCACCUUCAAGCCUGGGGCAUUUAUUCCAGGAGUUCCUGUACAACCAGUAGUGUUGCGUUACCCUAACAAAAUGGAUACAAUCACAUGGACAUGGCAAGGACCCGGAGCGAUGGAUAUUCUAUGGCUCAGUUUAUGUCAGCUGCACAAUUUUGUGGAAAUUGAGUUCCUACCAGUCUACAUACCUUCAGAAGAGGAGAAGAAGAAUCCAUUACUGUACGCGAGUAAUGUGAGGCGGGUGAUGGCAAAGGCUUUGGGAGUUCAAGUUACAGACUACACAUUUGAAGAUUGUCAGCUGGCUUUGGCAGAAGGACAGCUAAGAUUACCAUCCGACACAUGCCUCUUAGAAUUUGCAAAAUUUGUGAGGGGACUUGGCCUUAAGCCCAUGAAAGUGAAAGAAGAACUUGAGAAAUGUGCAGAAUGCGCCAGGAAUAUGCAAGGGAAGAAAAUUGGUUUAGAAGAGUUUGCUUCCUUUGUAAAGCAGCCAGUUUCUGAAACUUUGAAAAACAUGUUUGCACUAUUCGAUGAGAACAAAGAAGGUUCAGUGGACCCAAGGGAGUAUGUAAUUGCAUUGUCAGUAGUAUCCAGACCAUCAGAAACACUGGCGACAAUUAAAUUAGCGUUUAAGAUGUAUGCAUCAGAAAAACACAAUUCCUUAACAGAAGAAGAUUUAGCUUGCAUCCUGAAGACUGCCUUAGGGGUUUCAGAACUUAAUGUAUCACAUUUGUUUAGAGCCAUUGAUACAGAACAAAAAGGAGAAAUAACAUAUUCUGAUUUCAGUGAGUUUGCAGAAGCACAUCCUGAUUUUGCAGAAGAAUACCUAUAUCUUUAUCCUUCAGACCAUGAGAGCUGUUCGGAAUCUCCUUCUGCCCCAGUCCCCAAUGGAUUCUGUGCAGAUUUCACACCAGAUGACCUUGAAUUAUAUGAAAAUAAUGUUUCUCACAAGAAGCUGAACUGAUCACUGAAGCAUUUCCCUCCUCUCCUGGAGAGAGGAGCAAGCCGUUAUCAGGGCACUACAUGCUCAUAUUACAGUCUGAAUAAUCCGCAUCCUUUUUUUCCUUGAUUUUUUUCAGCAUUUUCAUAGGGUGGUCUUACCUGUAACUUGGGAUAUUCAGUUUUUAUUCUUUUGUAAGGGCAUCAGAGAGCCAGGAAUGUUAAUUCACUUUACUGUUUGUAUGCAUACUUGAAAGGAAUCGAGCACUUACUUGUAUUCCAUUGUUUUGUUUCAUGGACAGUGUAUUUUCCUUCCUGUGCAUGUACAACAAAGACUAUGGUGUUGUGUGCAAUUUGUCUAACAGUUUGUGUUUUAACCAUAUAGUGAAAUGUUUGCUUUUCUGUUGGCUUCUAUUACAUCUCCAAGAAAUGUUUUUGCAAAAAAAAACAAAAGAAAAAAAAGUUUUUGCACGUAUGAUUGUAGAGUUUAUUUUUUUUUCUUUAACAGUAUUACAUGUUAACACUUUUACAACACUGUCAUCUAGCAUUAGUGGAGAAAAAUAUAACAUUUUUUCAUUUUCUAAUCUUAUUGUGGGGUCUCAAAAAUUUAGUUUUCACUACUGGAGUUAAGAUUCUCUGUGGAAAGAGCUGCAUUUAGGCAUAUGAAAGUUUCCUCCAAUUAAAACCCUAUAGUAGUUCAGUUUGAAUGUAUGAAUUUGUAACUGAGCAGUUGAAUCAGCAAUGUAUGAACCUGGGGUUUGAUUUUUUUUUUUUUUUUUUUAACACUGUUGAAAUGAUUGCAGCAGUCAUACAGCAAAAAGGGACUUUGUUUAUCAGGCUAUCUGCAAAUGCGCUCAAGUUUUUUUUGGUUAACAUUUUUUUUAUUUGUUAAAAAAAACAUCUUGCAUCCAAAUAAUCUUUUACCUGUCCUUAAUUCAUUUCCAGUCCAUUUGGACACAGACUAAAUAUUUACUUUGGCCAAUGCAACAGCUGAAGUGGGACAGAAUAUUGCAAAGAAUGCAAUGUUUCACAUGCCACCUUGAAACAAAAGCCUGAUUUAGUGACUAUUACUCUAGUAGAUGCACAUAUUUUCUUUUGGGCUCCUUUCCCAUCUAUGCUGUGAUAAAUUUCUAAAACAUAUAGGAGCUUAUUCCCUUUCCAUGGCAGUGUUUGAGUUGAAAUUCUAUGCCCCAUAAAGUACAGUACUUGAAUGGCUUUGGCAGUUGAUAGCAUGUGUGGACUAUAGAUGUGUUCCUCUUCAUUACAAAAGACCUUUCCAAAAAGCAGAAUUGAUCUAACCUUGGUAACUUGCCUAGUGGUAGGAGCAGGAGCCAGGCAAAUCUCUCCUGAAUAAAAUUAUGCGAAGUUACAUCUCCUGACCCAUGGAUCUUGCUGUGCUGUUCCAUAUUUCUCCCUGUGCUCAGUUAAAGACUCAUACUCAGUUCUUUUCAAUUUGAUAAAAAAUAGAACUGAAGCAAGGAGAUGGGUGCUCCCCCCCACUCACACACACGCACACAGUCUAAAAGCAGUCAGAGCAGAUUGUGAUCAGUUUGGACAGCUUUUUAACAGCUGUACUAUUUUUUUACCAUGGAAACAAGUUUUUAUGCGACAGCCAAAAAAUUCAGGAAGCAUGUUGCUGCAUCAUUAGCAUUAUCUGCAAAGCCACGUACAAUGAAAACAUUCAGCCAAAAACUCUUUUGGCAAAUCCAACAAUAAAUUUGCUGCUUUUUGCAGGACAAGCUUCUCUGCACCAUCAUGUGGGGAGACACCACCAGAACUUAAAUUUAUGUACUCCAAAAUCGCACAGAAGUGGUAAAGAUGAAUUCUCUGCUUUUAUUGAAAGUACUUUCGGCAAAACAUUUUUGCUGAAAUAGCAUUUGUGGAAACUGGUGGUGGUACAACUGACACAAUCCCAUAAUUCAUUGCUGCCUUAGGAAAACAAGAACAGUCUGACAGUUUACAGGCUGUCUUUGUUUAGGACAUUUUGUAAUCCUUUAGAUUGUCCAGGACAGUCACCACCUUGCUAAAACUAUUCCAGCACGUUAUAUUUGACUACUGGAAAUUGUUGGUGUGGGAUGGUAUCAUCUGAAGUAACAUAGGUGACAUAUAUGUCUUUCUAACUCAUUUUUUUUCUCUUUACAAUGCCUGUGUUACAGUUGUGCUCAGUACGUUUGGAUACAAAAUGUCUUAUUUCCAACUUUUCUUUAAAAAAUGUGUAUUCCGUAUUUUGAUUUUAUUUUUCCAUACUAUGGUUUUAGUUCAGCAAAGAUGGCAGUAAAGUGCAUGUGAUUCAUAAGUCAUCAUUAAUUUUUAAACAGACUCAUACUUCAGUUCUGGAUCCUGUCCCGUCUGCUGUAACUUCUGCAAGGCUACUUGAAGUCGUUGACUAAACAUACUGGAGGGCCAUCAUAACCAUGCGCUGGAUCACCAGAAUGAUAUUGUGACAUCAUAAGUUUAACUGAGGAAUAUUUUCCCUUGCUUUUGGGUUAUUCUCAUGCUGACUUGAAUAACUUAUCUUUCUCUUCCUUAGAAGGGCUGAGUGAAUUUUUAAAAAUACGAUAAGCAUAAAAACUAAGAUCAGUAUAAAUCCUAUUAAACACUGUCUCAGUCUCCAGCCUUUCAAAGACUUCUUACUGCUGUUGGUCCAGCUAUAUGACCACAGGAGCUUAGUACACAAAACACAAGCAAAUUCUGAGCCUACCAAUUACUUUAUUCUUUCCUCAUAUGACUUCCACCAGCACUAGGUUUCCAAACUUUGUAUUUCUUCUCUUUGUUUUCUAGACGUCUGUUGCCUGUUGGGAGGUUGGCUUAAUCAUUAAGGUGUUUGCCUUACAAAACACAAGAUGCGGGGUUAGAGUUUCACCAGGGAUAAUUGGCUAGGCUUAAAAUGGCUCACAAGGGCAGUUAGCCUAGUACUAAUCUAUGAACCUAUGAACUUUCAUGGCAGAUGCCAUAUACUGUAACCAUGCUCAAUAGUAGUAUUAGAAACGGCUUGUAGAACCAUUAUUUUUUGGCAUGAAGACUUUGUUGGUGCCAUCCCCUGUAUGGUGCCUAUAUGUCUCUCCUUUUUCACUUUACUGGUGUCUCAACUACCACGUUUCCCUUGGUGUCAGAUGGCCACACCUCCCAGUGGUGUGUAACAUUUUAGGCAGCUCUCCAUCUCUUGCAGCUCUCCACCCCUCCCUGGCUGUUUUUUUGCUGUCUUCUCUAAGACCUUCAAUACUGUAAUUCAUUAACUUGACACAUGGUACUUGUGUUUUGCAAAACUUGCUGCUAGUGAACUGCAUAUGAUUGAACUGUAGCCAUGCCUAAACAACCAGAUUCUAAUGCCGUAAGGCAGACACUGUUCUUGAGAUGAAUGUUGGUCUUCCUGCAUACAACCACUGAAGAGUUGAAACCAGUAUUAUAUGACAUCUCUAUAAGGGGUCUGCUGCAGCUGUUCUUGAAUGUAUUUUACAGAACUGCAGUGUAGAGUACAGUAUUAGUUCUUUAAAUGUACAUCAGCUUGGGAGGGUCUAUAUCACUUAAUCAAAAUAUGUAUUCAUUGAACUCUAAACAUCGAAAUUCAUUUCAGCGAACCUCAGACUUUUUCCCAGGGUUGUGAAGAACUUGGCCAUCACCACAACUUUGCCCUUUUCCCCAUUGUAGUGCUAGUUGCUGAGUGGUUCCUAACCCUGGGAAAAAAGUCCAAGGUUCGCUGAAAUUAAUUUCGAUGUUUAGAGUUCGAUGAAUUGUAUUUGAUGAAUACAUAUUUCGAUUAAGUGAUAUAGACCCAGCUUGAGUAUGAACACAACCUUCUGGUACCUCUUUUCAGUUGAAAACUAAUGCACAUUACAUUCGUAAGGGGUCUUGCUUUAAAGUUCCUCAUUUCAAAGAAAACCAGAAAGCAUCAGGAUUUAUCUGCACUCCUUUUCUGAUUCUGAUUAAGCAAACUGUUGAACUCUUCCUGUAAGUUAGUAGAUGCUUACUGAAUUUACUGAAUUUAGUUUCCAAAGCAGUUUUGCAUGAUAAAGACCUUUUCGUAUUUUACCUCAACUUUUUCCUCCCCCUUAUGGAGUUAACUGAACUUUGAAUCUCUUCGCUACAGCUAGACAGCCAGUUUGCAACUUCACCAGUUUGUUCGUGAACACGAUGAGGUUUUAGCGUACUAUCAAGGUCGUCUUGUGUUUCAUUGACUUGACUGCAGUGCCUUACUUUUAAUUUGGCAGUGAGUCAGUCAUAAAUACUCAACGAGAUCCAAGUGUAUGUAUUCCAUUUUCAGAAAAUACUGGUGACCUCAUUCUUCAUAUGAUCUCAUCUGCUUACAGGAAAAUUAAAGAUCUUGUGCUAAAUAUGAAUGAAUGGCAUAAAAGUUGCUUAUUUACACAAACUGAGAUACUCUAGCUAAAACCUCAAACCACAGACUAAUUAAAAAAUGUAUUACAAGAGAAGCAAAUGCAUCCCAUUUCAGAACAAGAUCAGAGCAAGCCAGGAAAUUCCUUAAAAUCUAAUAUUUGCCACUGCUAGUGCUCUGCAUGCUGCAUCUGCUGGUUUCUGUGCCAACAGAUCCACGUAACUUUGUCUUUAUCUUUGGAGGGGGUGUGAUAAGUACUGAGCACACACUUUGAUGGAGAGGUGUUCAGCAGUAGUCCACAGAUCACUUAAGGUCUGUCAAAGCUUAAAGUCUAUUUGCAGUCUAGGAAUAUGACAUAUAUUUUCACACCUAUGACUUCCAACUAAGUUUGUCAGUGCUCCCCCCAGUCAGUCUUGCAUCCCACUUUAAUCUGUACCUAGUCAGCCCACCCUUGGCAUGGGAUCCCUAAUGUAAUGAAUAGUACAUCAGUGAAGAGAAGGACAUCUACAGUUAUGGUAAGAUUUUACACAACUGUACUUUCUUGAGGGGAAAAAUUGCUUAUACAUACUAAUUCUGUGACUCACCAUGGAAAGUUGGUCCAUCACAUGUGGAGAGUUUAGGACAGUCAUGUUUCUAUGUAGUACCUGCUGCAGAAGGGAUGCUGGCUGUGCUGAGCAGACAUGAUGGGUGACUUCUUGGCAAGAGAAGGUUUUCAGUGGACGUCAGAUGUUUGUGCACUUUGUUGUAAGGUGCUUCUGCUGUCGGGUAUUCCCCUUCUUACUACUGCAAACUACACAGAUUUUAUCACACAUUCUUAUCUGUGUUGGUGUCACUCAUUUAGUGCAGAAAAAUGCUGGUGCUUCACCUGACAUGAUUGUUUUGCUAGUAACCACCUCUCAGAACUCCAUACCUUCAGACCUUUUGUUGAUGCUGUCUUGUCUGCAGUUUUUAGGCAUUUGUGUCACCUAAAUCAAACUGGCACAUUACUUUUCUUCUCUUCUGCUGGAUCUAGUUAAAUGGUUUGGUCUUUGACUUGCUGUCUCACAUGACCUUCCUUACAACAGCAUAGUGGGAUUUGAACCCGUAUAUCGUUUAGGUGUGCACAGUAUUAGUACUACAACUACUAGUUCCGUUGACUUGUUUUCUGAUGUGGGUCAGUCAGCAGGCUAUUCACUAUCAGUGAUAGCUGAUACAUUACACUUUCUCAGAUUUACUCCAGAUGACAUAUUCCUGCCAUCAGCCCAUGAAUUUCUAAGCUUGUGUAUCAAACUUUGAGAAAUGAUUUACUUCAUCUCACACCGUUUGUGAGACAGGUUUUACUUGAGGAUGUCUUGUUUCAUCUUGAGAAGAGCCAAUGUGAACAUGCAUGUGAUCCACUUUACAUGCAUUUCCCAAGGGAGAGUGAUGAACAUGGACUUAAGGUUCAGUCUAUACAUGUACCAGGUCAUCUUUUUUUCCCCUGAGCCAUUCCUGUCCAGGUUAAAGUUGCUCUCACUAAAGCACGAUGUGAAUAAAUAGUGGAGUGCAGACUCCUAGACCUUCUCUUAAGAAAACCUUCAGGUUUGGGGAUAGGCAGUUGGUUAGCAGAUCUCCUCAGUGGUGUUGCACAUCCAUUGUAACCAAAAUUACCUAAUGGAUACUUUAAUCCUUCAGUUUUAUUCUUUCACUAGCGAUUCUUGUCUGGUUGAAGUAUACAUAAGCUUUCUUAUAAUUCUGUAACACUGACUGAAAGUGUUUCUGUCUCUAGACUAAUGAUCUGUGACGUUCCCCAUUCAGGACUGUAUAAAUGAUCUCAGUCAUCCUUCUGACUUGGAAUGGAGUUGCUGUAGUGUGUUAUGAUUUUUUUUAAUUGACUUUCUUCAUUGUGUUGGUAGCAGACCACAUUGUCCCAGUGUAGACUGACAAUAGUUCUUUUCUGUGAUUUUUAAUUUAAUGACCUGUUAAGAAAUACUCCCACUUUCGUAAAGAAACUUCACUUCAACCUGGUAAUUUGCAUUUGUUGUCGGUUAAUACCUAGUGUGACAUAAAGGAACAUGCUUAAUUCAGUGAUGUACAACUGAGCUGCAGACUACUCUUCCUUUCUUUCUUUUUAAACCCACAGCUGAAAAACAUAAUCAAGUUAGUUGUAAAAAAAAAAAUAACUCUCAUUGGAAGCCAGGCGUACUGUCUUUGAAGUCUUUUUUGCCUUCAGUUUGACUUGGCUGCUGCUGCUCUCUGUGUGAAUUUGUCUUCAGAAAUAGUCUUAGUUGAAGGUGUUCAUAACUGCAAGAAUUUGGACAGUCAUUAUUCCUGUUUUUCAAAUAAUGGGCACCUCAAAGCUGACCUGAAUAUCAUCUCUAAAUCUGUAGCUAACCAAUUUCAUUCAUCAUCUGAGAUUUUUUCAUAGAAAUUCUGAAAAGUGAUUGAAGUUGCAUCAUAUUCUUAGUUUCUUGCUCCCUCUCUCUCAUUUUUUGAUCAUUAUCGAAUCCUUUGCAAAAGAGCUUGUCUCAUUUGGUCCCAGUAGCUAUGGGAACUGCUUAGUGUCCAUAUUAAUAGCCAGUUUUGUUGUCUUUUGUCAUAAACUGGCGCAUCAUUCUUUUCGGUGUUAAACGACUAGCAGCUGAAGAGGUCAAAGCUUUUCGUUUAUGCUUCAUGAAAGCAUCUUUCAAAUCCAUUUAUGUUGCUUCCAAAUGGUAGUGUGUACUUUAGUCUGUUUUGGGAAGGCUUUCCUGUCAAACAUGUCAUUUUGAGCAGUUUUUUUCUUUGUGAUGUUGGAAGUGUCUUUUUUGUAAACUGAUUGGGAAUCGUCUUCUCCAUAUCGCUACUAAUUGUGUAUGUUGACCAUGUCUGUAAGUCUUUACAUGUUGAAUAUGGUUGUAAUUCCAGGACCUUGUAUCUACACAUAUACUCUCAUAGAAAGUAGGGGAGCUCACUUUGUUGUAGAAAACAUAGUCUUCAUGAUGAUGUAAAACAGCAUUGACAGUCUGAUUUGAUUGUGACUCAAGAAUUGAAGACACUGUUAAUGACUGCACCUUGGGGCAUUUUUGUAUUGGGCAGUGAUAUAGGCCAGGAGAUGGGGCUUGGUCCCUUGGACACAGGCACCUAUUUUUUUAACAUUUGCCAGUAGAUUAAAAAAAAUGAAAAUACAAAUAAUUUUACACAUUUCAGAAAUCUUUCUUCAGUAUUAAUGAAUGUAACAAGCACAAGCACUCCUAUGAAAGUACUUUUUGAUACGUUCUUCUAAAACUACACUUAAAGCAACACAAAAAGAUGGUUGCAUUCCUGUUUCUUUGUAUUUCCAGACCAUUGUAUAUCUGAGGUAUAAGAUUUGCUUGGCAAAUGAUUAUUUUUUGCUUACAUCUAAAUAUUAGCUGUCUAACGUACAGCCAGUUAAAGUGAAACUAUGUUCAUGAUAAGUUAAUUUUGUAUAAAUGCUUUACACUCAGCCAGGUGUAGUAAAAUAUAAGUAGUUAUUUUCUCAGCUGUUUGCAUACUUCAUUUGGGAAAAUGAAAAGAAGAGCACUUUAGUUGUCUAAAAACAGGUCAAAAGCAUUUUGUUCACAUGAUCAAAAUUGUUAGGUGUAAUGGCCAGUAUAGAGAAGAGAGCAAAUAUAAAGUUACAGAACACCCAUUAAGCUUGCAAAUAGAAUGAGCUCUACAGUGUAUCACAGCCCUGUCUUCAUGUAAAAAAAUAAACGAAAAGGUGUUUGAAGUAGUCAGAGUUAACCUGUUAUUUUUGUACCAUUCCAAGAAAAAGUGGUAGGAAAUUAAAGUGCAGAUUAUUGAUGCAAGUCCUGUAUCACCAACAUUGCCACAAGAAUGCAGAAAAAAAAAACAUGUUUAAAAAUGCUGUUACACACAAUUUAAAUAUAAUUGCCAAAGCUGCAUCAAGGAAAGGAAAAUGGACAAUUUGUUUGAAGUGCCCCGAAGGUCUCAACAGAAAUCAGCAAUUCCGAUCAAAGCAGACAAAACGUAUGUAUUUGUUGACUCACUGUGGAUAAUGGUCUGCCAUUUACUGGUAGAUACUACUGUGUAAAGUAAAAGUGGAACACAAUUGGAGACUUUUAAUGGUCUGAAUUUCUAUAACAAUAUGUUGUUAAGGGGGCCAUUCAGGUCAUCUUAAGCUCAAUUAUUUGAGACGCUUUUAAUUAAAAUUUGCCUCUUUGCCCUACUCUGAUGUGAUGUCAGAGAUAUUUGAUAAUAAGCUAAGAUAGGUGGGGUGAAGCCCUCUAAAAAUACUUUUCCCCUGUUUUUUUUUUUCUCUCAUUGACUCCCUUCAAUGUGAUGAAUUUCAAGGACCUGUGCUGAAUCACAUUUUAGUGGUAGUCUGAGAACAACUCCCCUCAUUUAAGGUGCCACUUUAAAAACAAAUGUCAGGGACCAAAUGAUUUUAAUGAUUGAAGGUGUUCUCUUACUCUUGUGAGUUUCGACAAUGCCUCAGUAGAAACAGUAACAGUUAUAUAGCUCAGACAAUGGCUGUUUUAUUUUCCCAUUUGUGAUUGGUCAGUGAGUGACUUUGGUCUCACACACACACAAUUUGCAAACGUCAUAUGCAGGUGCAUAAGAGUAUGUAAAGGAGACUGCAGUUGCUAAAAGCAAUAACGUGUAAGUAUGUUUUCAGAAUAUACUAAUAUUGAAUAUUGCAUUCUGAGAUUGCAAAUGUAAUGAGCCCCAGAAAUGCUUAUCUUAAAACAGUACAAGUACUUCACAGAAGUUUGAAAAAACACAUCUUGUUGCUGUUAGAAACAUUCUAAAUACACUAACAUUUUACCACCAUAGUGAUAUGUGCAACAUUAGGCAAAGUGUGUCACCUUGCCUGUGUUUCUGUUGACCAAGUAGUCAAAGUGUUUGACGCUGGUGUUGAUGUAUGGUUAACUUCAGCAGUUAUGAUGUGUUUGUAGUACUAAGAACACAAUAUAUAGCCCCUGAGGUAACCCCUGAAAAUGUUUAGUUACAUAUCAUGAGCCCUAACCAGUUCAUCAAAGGAUAAAAAAGUAAAUUACAGGGUAACAUCAAUGUUGCAUGUAAAAAGUGCUUUGUUUCCCCCCUCCAAAUGCUUCUUUAAGGGAUUUUUUUUUGUUGAAAUAGGCACUCAAAUAAUGAAGUAUGAAUUCAUGUCCUGCAGGGAGUUUGCUACACUGUGUCUAAUUUGACAGUAGCAUUCUGUCAACAUUUUUGCUUAUGCAUAUACAGUAGAUGUAAUCAAGGACAAUAUGUGCCUGUAGUGGGUUGACAGUUUUGGAUUUUGCUUGUUUGUAAUGUAUUUUGUUGCAAGAGUUCUUCCAUGGUAUUGUCUUACUGUAGCUGUCUGUUUCAAUGCUAUACAAACCAGUAUUUUGCCAUAGAGAACAAGCUGCCAGUAAUAUUGCUGUCUCUUGGUCAAAGAUGUAUGUAUGGAACUUAUUACAUUGAGUAGUUUUAGUUCAAGGCUUUUCUAAGGGAGGAGCUAAAGUCAUUAAGACAGCUGUCAAAACAUUCCAUUUUAACUGUGCCAGUUCUUAAUCAAGAAAUAUUAUACAAAGACAGGUCAUUAACAUUCAAAAACGUGCACACUGAUAGAUCAGUCCAAUCAGUGUGCCCGUUGUAAAUCGAGCACAUGGCAAUAGAAAAAAAUCCGGUCACCUGGACUUUCUUCUAUUAAUGUAUGCUAAGGCUUUCUAGUUUUCUUGAGCUAAGACAUAAAGAGGGUGUGUAUGGAGGGCAGAGGAAAUACAAGAAAAUCAGGUACGUUACGCAAAACUAAAGAAACAUACCCACUUUUCCUUGUAUUUCUGCCCAGUAUCUCUCGUACCUCUAAACUGUCUGGAUUUCAAACUUUUUUUUUUUCCAAAAAAAAGAAAAAAGAAAAAAAAAGAAAUGAAGAUCUUCCUUUUCUGCUGUGCUUUCCAAAGCACUAAUGUACUGCAUAAGUGUGGGAAUGUGUGUGCCAUAUGCAUGCACAGUACAUCAAGGAAGCAGCACAGUACAGAAAAAAAAGCAGAACACCACGGUGCUGUUAUUUAAAUAUACUUUUUAAGAAAAGUAAGCCAUUUCUUAAAUUUCAUUGUAUAAUAGCAAUAACCAACUCCUGGGUAUGAUAUAUUGAAGAUUUACCCAUGGUUGACUGUUUAAUCACUCAGGCUUCACCCUUGUAAUUAAACCACACCAACUGUGGGUAAAUCUUCACUAUACCACACCCAUUCAUUGGUUAUUGCUAUAUUAUUUCAUUUACAUUUGCUGAGAAUCUCCAGUGUUUAAUCACAUAUUUCUGUUAUGAACAAGCAGUUAUUUUUGUCUGUCUUAAUCACUGUUUGAAACCACAUGCACACGUGAGUGUGCACCUGGAUGGGUGAGAUUUACUGAGACUUGCUGUCAUUCACAGUAAAUAGUGUUGCACUAUUCCAUACAUUGGCCUUAGGCCUUGCACUGAGACUAAAACAUUAAUCCCACCCAGAUUGUUGCUGGAAUUUAAUACAGAUGUUUUGUGCACUGACUUGAUUUGAUUUAUAAUAUUGUACAGUCUUCAUAUUUUUCACCCUUUCAUGAAAUUGAUUAAGGAAUCAUAGCAAAAUGUUUAUUUAUUUUUUUUCUUUUGCAAUUUUCUUGACAGAAUAGUGUACACGUUUCCUUUUGAUUCAGAUUUAUUUUAAUAUCUGCAGUCAUAAAUAUUGGUCAUGGAUGUAAAGCAUGCAGUUAACCAUGUUUUUAUCUAGAAACGUGCAUUGCCUUUAUUAAUGACUGUAUCCCAUUAUUUUGGGGGUGAGACUGACUAGAUUUGGUUUUGUAAUAUUCAAAGAUAACUGGACUUUUUCAAACAUUAGGAUUGUACAUUUACGUAUUUUCAUGUGCUGUAAUUCUGUGUUUUGUACAUUCCACUUGUAACACUGCCCAGUAACUGUUACACCCACCAGCAAGUUUUUAUGUGCUAACACUCGCCAAUAGCUGUCAGUGUACCUGCUGUGUUGCACCAAAAACAGACCAUCUGUGAUCAUUAAUAUGAUAACUUUUUGACUCUUGUCAGUGUUCAGACAUUUGUUAAAUGUUUUUUUGGGGGGUGGGGUAUUUCAAAGAAUUACUGCCUACUAUGCUUAAAUCUUUGUUCAGUCAUCACUGCAAUGGUUUGACUUGUCAGUGUGAAACCAAAAUAAAAAGCAAACACUG